UUAACUCUUCGGAAAUGCAUCAUUCAUAUUGUUUCGCACUUCAUUCUCUAGUUGAAAGUCAGUUAGAACCAAAUUCUGCAUUUUAUUUUGCAGACGAUGAUCCAAGUUGGACUCCUCACAAAUUUAUUUUUGAUCCUCAAAUGAACGACGUGUUUGAACCCGAUGUUCCUCCGGGAAUAUUUUUGGCUGUGCAUUCUCCAUAUGAUGCAGUGAAUCCCUUUGCAAGAGGAUACUUUUUAAGUCCAAGAAAACACUACAUUAUUAAUGUUUAUAUAAGAGAAGUCGAAAGACUGAGUUCUCCGUAUGACACAGACUGCACCAAUUAUGAAGAAGAAUGGAGAAAAAAUAACUUUAAAGGAGUUCGAUCAAAACAGAUGUGCCGCCAAAAAUGUUAUGUGGAAUAUUAUGCGGAGUGUUACAAUUGUUCCGAUUUACUUUAUGAAUAUCCUUCUCAAGUAAAAAAAAUAUGCAGCUCAAAAGGUGAGAGAGAGUAUUUGAUUUAA